GAUUGAGGGGAGACGCGGCCCGAGAUGGAGCGGUCCCGCUGGCAGAGCGCUUCCCGGGGCGGAAAGGCACCGCGGAAGAAGCGCCGCUCGUCCCCGCUGCCGGGGGUGGUCGCUCCCCCGGGCAGAGUCGGCAGCCGGGCCGGCGUUUCCCAGCCGUGUCGACGGCGGCUCUUUGGGAGCGCGGGCCCCCGCGGGCCGGAGCCCGGCAGCCUGAAGAGAAAGUCCAGUGUGAAAACCCUACCAAAAAUUAAAGAAAAUCCUGAAGUCACCAAAGUGAGCCAUUCAUGCAACCAAAGCAAUCAAGUGAAUGUCAAAGAAACAACAGACUUGGAAAAAAAAGAAGAGAAAAUAGAAGAAAGCACUGUACCGCUGAAGGAAUCCCUGAUAAUCAACUUUGAAAGUAAAGAAAGUUUGGAAAAUGCUGAAGUGACUUCAAGUACAGGAAUGACUCUUCCCACAGGUGUUUCAACCUUUCUCCUAGAGUGUUUAGAUGUAGACUCAACUGCAGAUUGUAACACAGGUGCUAGUGACAGCCUGAACAGUUGCCCAUCCCCUGAAACAUUCAGAGAUGAUGGUUCAGAAAGAAGUAAUUUUUACUGUGUGGACUCUGGCACGUACAAGAACUCUACUCUCCUGGACUCCAGCAAAGCAGUGACCAUAGAUAAGAUACCACAGAUCUCAAAUCUUUCAGCAAUAUCAGAACCUGUACUGGAGGAUUUUCAAGACCAAUACACUAGAAGAAAGAGACCAUCAAAUUGCAAUUACAGUUCUUCAGCAUUAAGUGUUUCAACUACUCUGGCAGGAAAAAAAGUCUGUAAAAUUACAGCUGCAAGAGAGAGAACUCCAGACCUAAAACCUGGUAUGCGCUGUUCUUCACCGUUAGGACCGGAAAGAAAGCCUGACAAUCAAACCGCUAAACCCAAAAGGCUGAAGUGUAAGAAAAAAGAAAAAAACUCUAAUAGAUUAGAAGAAGGGACAUCGUCCUUCAGUCAGCUUGAUGCCCCAGGAAACACUUCAGCCAAAUCAGUGGGGUUGACAGCAGAAGUACUGCCAUCCAAACGGACAGAUGCUAUGGUGCAAUUGAGUUCCACCAUGCUGAUCAUGGAGGAAAAUAAAGCCCUAAAAAAUCUUGGUUAUGCUCAGCCUGCAGAGCUAGAUCUUAGUUUGUCACCAGUUUGCAAAGCCUCACCUGGGGAAGACCUGUUCCUGAAUACCACAGGUCCAUAUGUAAAUUCAGAAGAAAUUGUUCCUGCAUCUCUGAGCUCAGAAAAAGAAAUUAUUCCUCAAAGUCCAGAAGAAAAGAAUAUUUUUAAGCCUCUCUGUGGCAGACAAGAAAUCUGCUCCAUUGUCAGAACGUCACCAUGCCAGAGGCCUUCCAGGCUUCACCAAAUUCCAGUUAACACAAAAGCGUUCUGGUUUCCCAAAGGAGUGCCUGAAGAUAAUAUUACGAGUACCAAAAAUUGGAUCUACUGUAAACACAGAUGAGAUUUCUGGGUUUCAGCAGGAGUCAACAGAAGAAAUAACUGUCUUGCUACUGUGGCAGGGAGGUGAAACAGAACUACUAACCAGUAAUUAAUGGCCGUAUUUUUUUGGCAUAUACAUUGUUUGAAAUUUAGUAUAAUGCUUUGCAGUAAGCUUGUAAAUACUUUACUCAAGUACUUAAUAUUAAAUUAUUUUGUACAAGCAACUAGAUCCUUAUUCUGGGCAUUGUUCUAUAAGGACUCCAUAAAGACGAUUCUUCAGUUCAUUUAGAUUUUAAAAAAGUGUGACUCAGGAACACCAGACCAAAUUGCAUUAAUAGAAUUAUUUUUGGCUCUUGCUCUGCCAAGAUUUCUAGAUUUCUCUAGUAGCAUUAGCAUCUAAAAAUGUGACGUAUACUUGAAUUAAGAAGUGUUAAUGCUCCUUACCCAUUGCCAGGACAUGCAGUUACCUGUGUAUGUAAAGCAUUCACGUACUCUCAGCGACUCGGAAGUCAGUAGUAUGCUACCAUUAAACUCUGUGAAUGCUUGGGUCUGCAGAACUUUGGAGAUACAGGACUCUGUGUGUUCUGCUGCACAUGGAUUUUGAAACAUGAAUAUGGGUGGUCUUCACCCUACCAUCACUGCAAACUAGCUUUUUAUGAUCAGCACUGUCACCAUUCUAGGCACCUCCACUGCCCAACCACUGUCAUCUCAGAGUCCUUCCCAUUUCAUCUCAGUUAUUUUGUAGUAUCACUUACCUCAGUCAUUGUUUCUUCGAGUGGCUUCAGACUUGUGCAGAGGAAGUAGGUGCCUUACAUGAAUACAAGGGUGGAAAAAAAAGCUUGUACAGCUGAACUGUAUCAAGAGCUGGAUAGUGGCAUUCUGGAUUUUCAGGUUACUGCUCACACUACGUGGCACAUAAGUUAGAUUCCCAGUGCAUCCAGUUCAGCUUGUGGAUUGGGAAUCCAUAAAUGUCGUUCUUCAGCAGCGUGCUGAAUACCUCAGAAAACACUGACAAGAGCACAGUUUUUCUCCACUUGAAUUCACUGCAGGCUAAAGUAAUUUGGAUCCCCACAGUGUUCUCACUACAACACCCCUUACUCAGACUCUUGUAGACAUAAAGGAAGUUUUUCAGUCUUUUAAAAUGUUAGUAUGGCUUUCCAAACCUCUUGAAGUCUGAGUUUGUUUCUCAGUAUUAUCACCCAGAAUAUUCAUGCCCUGGAAAAUAGUUCCGUAUUUCCAAAAAGAGCAUGUCAAGAUGUAUAAAAUCCACAACUUUAAUUAGUUUGCCUACAUUUGAAAAUACCUGUGAAAGUUCAGACCCUGAGCCUUUUCCCAUUGCUCUGGGGUAGAAGGAAGUGCAAAUAAAUGCUGCUAGAUUAGUCUAUGAACAAGUAUUGUAUAAACAUACUAUAUGGCUCAAGGUUAAAAAUUAUGCCAUUAAGUUAUUUUUCCUUUAAGCGUUAGUAGAAUGAGUUCUGCCAAUAACUCCUUGGAGUCCUCUCGGGUAUGCUUCUAAUUAUCAAUAUCCUUGUUCUUGCAAAUACUAAGCCACUGGUAAUUAUGCAAGAAUCUAGAGCCCCUAGGAGAUAAAGGUGAGCUCCUUGAUGUAGCUUUAAGCAAAAUUGAAAGUUAUGUAUGCAGUAAGUUGUGAUUGUGAUGAUUGUUCAAGUAAAGGAUGGUCCAGAAUAAGAGGUGUUUGUCGUAAGGGUAUUCUAGGAGUCCUAGGAAAAAACGCUUAUUUUGCCCCAAACCAUGUUGUAGUUUCUGUACAAGAAACAGACUAAUACUGACAAACUAAUUGGAGAGUACAAGAGAAGAAAAUACAGCAUGUAACCGUGGAGUUGGCUGUAGCAGCCUGAAUAUUGCCAAGUUUUGCUUUUGUUUCUCUUGAUGAGGCUAUAUAGGAGGACAGAUAUAUCAUGAACCAUGAUCUUUCUUGUCCUUCCCUUCAGUUACGAAAGCGCUGCUUCUUAUUUUCAUCUUUUGUCUGACUCUUAGAGAAAGUAUAAUUAAUUACCAGGCUAGCUCUCUGCCCCAGGGAAGGAAAUUUUAUUCAUUUUGAGGCCGCAACAAUAUCUACUCUUGUUCUGCUUUUCUCAAAGGGAAGGCAUUUUCCCAUGUUUUGGUUUUCAGCUGAAGAAUGACUACAUAAAAUUUCAUUCAAAGUGGAAACUGGCUCUUCCAUAUUAGUGGAUAAAGGUUAUGGGUCACAGCCAGUUAACGGGUAGUACAGAAGAGCUUAUUUGUGCAGUGAUGCGGGAGGGAAAUCUGUUCAGUGUCAAUAGGGCUGCUCUGUCACAUCCUAGACAUGAUGAAGUCUUAAUGGCUUGAAUGGAAUCGCUUACAGUGAGUCAGUCCAUGCAAGAACUGCGAUAAUACUUUAUCACUAGGAAUUGUGCGUUGCAGAUGCAUGCUUAGUAAAUGUAUUAUACAUAAAUCUGUAAGAGGUUUUUCAUUAACACUGUUCAGUUGUUAUUGUUAUCUGAAGUGUACUUCUAGGAGACUUUGGCUUAAAGUGCUCGGAGACGAUGAAAGAUGUUUGCUUCUUGCACCGGAGUGCUGUAGGGGUCCGUGUACUAGCUGUUGGAGGGUAAAGACCUUACAUGCAAAUGGUUCUGUUCUGGUUCAUAAUCUCUGAACGCAGAAAGGAGAGGUUUGGGGCCCAAGGCAAUGCGUACUGAAUGGAUACAGAAGGUGAAAUUCAUGUUCUUUGCGUAGGUACGAAGAUUUGCCUACAGGGAGGUUUUUACAGGAAAAUGGACGAUUAAGCCUGUAUUUACCCCUUUUUCUCUUACUGUCCGUCCUCCACUCCCUCGAUUAAGGUAUGUCAAUCAAGCCUAUCAGAAUCACUUGCUUUUACUUCAGGAGUUUUGGAACAGGUUGAUAUUUACUUUUAAAGGGAUUCUUAUCAGCUUGAAUUGUAAUGCACUUGAGAUUAGCUAAAUCUUCAUUGCUGUAAAUUGUGAAACUACUGAAAGCUGAGUUGUAUAUCCUGGCCAAAAUUCUAUUAUUUCAUAGUGUUCUCUGGGGACUCUUUGUAUUUGAGACUGUUAUUUACAUGCCCAUCUUGAAGCUAGGAGGCUUUCACGUGGUGAAAGGUUGUAAAGAUAGGUCGUCUGUAGAUCUACGGCAGGCAGGUGUAUCUUCCGUACAGAACAAGGGGAAAAAGAUGCAUCUAAACAUUAAUUCCUAUUUUCUGUUAGAAUUAUCUUCAACUUCUAGUAGAUGAAAAACAAAGUUCCUGCAGAUGGCUGAUUGUGAGGAAUCAUUAUAUAGGUAUGUUACACAUGCACUAAAUGAUGCCUUUUAAAAAUAAUCUGCUUAAUUUAAUCUGACAUCAUACACUUUUAGUUUAAGAACAUUUUCUAGGGAAAGCAGAUGAGUCGGUUUUGUCAGUCCUUAAUUAAACUUUCUAGUAGUGGUGUAUCUGAACAGUGAGACAUUGAAGAAGACUGUUAACUGGAACCAGUGUUUCCAUUGUGUUUAAACAUCUACUAAUAAAGAGUUUUGCAAA